AUGUUUGAAAACCUCGAAAGUGGCCUCAUUUGGGCUUUUGAACGAGCUCACACUGCCCCGAUCAUGUCAACACACAAUCAUUUCAGUAGCCUCAUCAAGGAUACUCUAAAAAAUAAACAUCGAUACUCUGAUACAUUGGAUCCAAUCAAAUUUUAUCAUCUUCUCAUGCAAUGGAUAAGUUUACAAUGGACAUUUGAAUCAUUUUUAACGAGUAGUAUUCAAGAUGCAAUUCAGAAAGAGAAUUGUAUCACACUUAGUUUUAUUAUUGAAUGUGAAACAAAAUUAUGUUGUCAAAAGUUAACCAAACAAAUUUUCUCGGCUAUUCAAGAAUGCAUUCAAUUCUUGCCAUCGGAACCAGAGAUCUUAAGAUUAGAGAAAAAACUCGCCGAAUCAAAGACUAAAAUGGACAAAAUGCAACGAGAAGUCGAUGAAUGUAAAGCGAAAAUUGAGCGAAUUAAAAAAGUAAUUGCUGAUGAAACUGAAAAGGAAGAACUGGAUGUAGCUCCGGUCACGACGGCAUCAAGCACUGUUCCAAAACAACGGGCACCACCCGAGAGAACAGGAUCAGUAUAUGAUCCGAAUAGUACAUCGGCUGAUGCGGAAGAACGAUUGGCAAAACUUGAGCAAGACUUUGUCAUUCUUGAAAAGAACCUCCGUCAAGUUAAGGAUGAACAUUCGCAAAAUGUAGAGCAACAGGCAACAAAAAUCAACGAGGCAAACAAAGUACGAGACACAUUUCAAAGUUCAAUAAAAACUGUAUUUACUCAGGAAGAUUGUCAAUUUAUCUAUCGACACUUUCAAAUACCCAAUUCGAAUCAACUCAAUCAGCUUAUUGAACUUCUUAAUAAUUGUCGACAAAAUCCAUCUAUUAUGCAAUCGGAUAAUACACUCGACGUUCAAGGUGUAUUGAAAACCGAAUUCGGUCGUGAAUUGAUCGAUAGCGAUGAUAUUCUAGAUCAUCCACUAGUUCUCUUCAUGUGUGGUUUCUUUUUCUUACCAUCUUUUACAGCAAGAACUUCGUAUUUACGAGUCAUCUCAUCUUGGGAUGAACUACUUAAUCAAGAGACGGCAAUUGAUUUGCGUUCACUCAAACAGCGUCAUAUUAUCUUCUACUGUCCAAAUAAGAAUUCCGAUGAAUGUUGUUUAUUGACUGUGCAAAAUUCUGCUCGAUCAAUAAAAAUUAUUAUGUGGAGUUUUCAACGCAACAUUAAUGAAGAUGAACUCGAUCAAGUUCUCUCGGAUUUACCGUUGGGCAAACUUCAACGAUAUAUCGAACAGCGAGCACUUGAAAAAAUAGCAAAUAUGUCGGAUACUGAUCAACAAACAUUUGGCGUAUCUUGCCUUUCUCUUCUUCAAUAUGAUCCGAUUUGGGCAACAGAUUCGAAGUCAGUAUUGAAUAGUUCGGAUUUAUACAAUCAAGUGACGCGUAUCUACUGGCAAUGGAAACGAUUUUCUCAAUAUAGCUCAGCUAAACGUAAGGAACUCACCAAAGUUACUUAUCAAAAUUUAAUUCGAUUUGAGUCCGAUCAUAAAAAGCUUAUUGAAAAACAAUUUGAUGAUAAUGAAUGGUCAUCGAUCAAGGAAACAUUAACUUUGUUGAAAAGCUAUCAAAGUUCAUUUUCGACUACUAACAAUCACAAACUUUCGCAAGAUCUCGAUAAUUAUAUUCAAACAAUUCAAAUACCUAAUAUUAGCAGUCAAAUUGCUUCGCUUGUCUAUAUUCAACCUCUGGGAACAAAGUAUGCAUGCGUUAGCAGGAUCAACACACAUGUACGAAAGUUCAUGGAUAGUACCUCAUCGGAGGCACAACCAAAGUUUCAAUUGCUCUUUCGAUUUAUCGACGACAGUGUUCGAUUACUCAAGUUACUUACUCAGCAUGUUAUUUAUGGAAGUGAAUUUAUUUUGGAUAAAUUGUAUGAAAUUACAUUCGGCAAUAAAACUACAGCCGAUAAUGAAACAACGUUCAAGAAGAAAACGACAUCCGGCAUGAUUGUUAUUCUCGAGAACAUAUUUCGAUCUACUGUUUCUUUGAUCGAUUUGAACAAUGGCAUCGUGUGCGCUCGUAUAACACAAUCGAAAGAAAUCUUCGAUGAAAUGCAAAAAACUUUGAAUGAACACUUCGAUGCUAUGCAAUUUACACCGUUCAUUUCAAAAUAUAAUCUUGACAAUUUUGUCGCGCAAAUUGCACCACUUUUUCUCGAGAGUUGUCCUAUCAUACAAAGGCUGCCAUCACGAGUACAACCCUUACCCAGCCCCGAUCGAAAUCAGCAGAGAAUUGACGAAUGUAAUAAUCGAUUGAACGAACUACUGAGACGAGCAUGCACAUUAACCAUUCGUCCACAUGAGAUCAUCGAUUGCAUACGUAAAACUUUGCAACAACUUCAAUCGAUUGAUGUUAAGAGAGAGACGGAGGGUAGAAUUAUAACGAUUCUUGCCGAAGAGGAAACAUUAAAGACUCGCCUCAAUUUCUAUGAACGAAAACUAAAGCAAGAAACGACAUUCAAUGUUAAAGUGCCAAAUUUACGUUCAAUCACAUCGAUAGAUCCUGCUUCUGUUGACUUCGAUGUUUCCCGAACUGAUACAUGCGAUCGUCAAGAAGAUUUUCAAGAACAACAAAAGAAAAUCAAAGACAAAAUUUCUUCUAGAUCGUUCAAUCAACUCGAACAAGCAACUCGGCUCAUUAAUCAACAAGUAGCACAUCGAAUAUGGUCCCGAGCAUUGUUCUUACUGACAUCAAACGAUUGGUUUUCUGCAAAUUCUUCUUCGUCCGAUAAUCUAAAGAAAUUACUAGCACCAUUGAACAAUAGCUUGACUUUGCGACUCGAACGAACACUUUCAUCAGCAUCGAUAGACACUGUGGAUGAUCAAGAGAAAUUGACAAUUGCGAAUAACAUUACUCUUGCCUACGUUCAAUUUCGAUGUAAUUUGCUCAAAGACGAAUCUGAAGUUAAACGACUAUCGAAUUAUAGGGUUAUUUCAGAACUUUCAUCGGCUAUGAACGAUUGGAAAGAAGUCUCUCACGUACACUUUCUCAAUAUGUUCGAAUCAAUCAAAACAAUUACGCAUGAUUUAGCAUUCAUGCAAAAUUGUGUUAAAAACUAUAGUGGCGUUGCAUCUUGCUGUCUUAUGCCUGUCAUUUUUCGACCGCAAGAUAUUCUUUGUCUUCUCGUACCGGAACAAACUGGUGUUAUUCGAACAAUUUCUGCCAAUUACAUCAAAAUUGACGAAUAUCUAUCGGAUCCAUCAUUGUUUGAAUUGACAUUUGACAAGUCUUCUCUUGUUCAACUAGACGAAACCACUGCAACACUGAACGAAUUGAAUAUCAACACAGGCCUCUUCAGUUUCAUGUAUGACAACGAUCCGAAGACAUCAUUGAUCGAUCGUGAUAAAUACCUUUACUACAUUACUGAGAAUGCUAUUACUAUUUCGAAACAGUUGAUCGAACUCUGUGUCGAAUCGGACGCACAAAAAGGUUAUCUCAUGCAAUUAGCAACCAGUGUUGUCGAACUAUUUCCAAUUCAAAUCGUUUCGUCUCUUGUGUUAAUCAUUUUAGCGACUAGAUCAGCUGUAGCCGUGUGCGAAUUUCAACAUUCUGACAGAUUGGAUUUGAAAGCAAUCAAAGAGAUAGAAUCCAAAAUCGGUAAGCUUCAAAUUGAACUUCAAGACCUUCAGCGCAAAUGUCGUGAAUACGAAUCUAAUAUGAAACAACUUACGGUAGAACGCGAUGAACUGAUACGCAGACUAGGCUACAUAGAGAAUCCAGCGUUAAGACGAGAAAUACAAAUACAAAUUCAAGAGUUAGAUCGUAAGAUUGAACAAGCAGAAGAACAAAGAGAGAAAAGUAAUCAAGAUGUCGUCAGAAAGGUAUCAGAAUUAGAUACAGAACAAAGUCAAUGCAACAAAAAACGACAACUCGGGCAAGCUAAAUGGACUAAGCUAAUCAAACAGCACAUGAAGUCGAUUUCAGACAAAAUUAAAGAAUGUGUGCAGGUGAUUAAUAAAUGUACCGGUCAGUCAACCGUGGCCAAUACAUCCAUAUUGGAUCUGACAGAUAGAGAAGCUACCUUGUUUAAUUUUGUCACAAACACAGUUCGUCAUCAAUUCAAAGACUCCGAUUCGAGCACAACUAUUUCAACAAUGGACGAGGAUAUGCUCAACAAAAUUAGAUCGAUCGUUGAAAUGGAUUUAGAUCAGUUGAUCAAAGACACAAAAGAUCUGUCCGACAAAGAUCCAAUGUAUCACUUUUGGCUUUUCUAUUCAAAUUGCAUGUGUAUUGGCAUUGAUGCGCUAACCAAUUCAAUUGCAAGUUGGUCGAGCUAUUCGACAAAAGUUCAAUCUGAAGAUACCAAACUUUUUGUUGAGCAAAAGAAAAGAAAGAAAUUUUGUCAAUUGAAUAUGUGGAUACAAGAGAAAUGCAUGCUUUUUAUCAAAAAUAUCCGAGAUGGUCGCAAUCAAAAUGAGAUUAGCAAGUUAGAAGAAGAAAUAAGUCAACGAAUUAACAAUGAUGUAGGCAACCUUGAAGGGGUUCUCACUGGUAAUAAUUGCAAAUAUGUUCAACAAUCUCUUCGGCAGUUUCAACGUUUCAUCUACAAUUUACUCAUUGUUGGUUGUCGUUUUACUCAAGUUCAACGUGGAAGUACACAAAAUUCUCUCGACGAUCUUCUAAGUUCGAAUACACGCGAACAAAUCGAUCCACGUUUGCCAUAUACAGAAAUCGGUCUCCUGCAAUUGAUCAAUAUGAGUGAAGUACAAAUUCGAAGUCGGAGUGAAUCAAUACUAUAUCAAAUUCUUCAUAGUACAUUUGGAUUCAAUACCAAUGUAUUUGGUCUUAUUGAUAAACUUGAUUUAUCGAUUAAAACUGUUGAAAAUCUUCUUCUACCAUCAUCGUAUAUGAUGAUUCAAAUGUGGAAUGGAAUUGAUACACUUCUAAAUAGUAUUUCUAAAAACAUCACAAAAGACGAACAGAAAGCAUUGAAAAAUUUGUGCGAGGAUUUCUCCCGAAUGACUGAAGAGAAGGCAAAGCUCAAAGAUGAAGAUCUCUUUCUUUCCGAACAAGUCAAGUCUGGUUUAAUUACUGAUCUAUUCAAACACAUCGAAACAUUGUGUAAUGUGUUGGAAAAAAAUCGAUCAAAAAUGAAAACAUUUUGCAAUGAUGUAUUUUAUCUUUGGCAUGUGACAUUGAAAGAGAUUUUGCGUGGGUUGAUUAAAGCGCGAAAAUAUAACAUACAAACAAUACUUGAAUUCAAUGAUCAAGAAAGAAAACAUUUUCAUUUACUUUUCGAUAAGAGAUAUAGUGACAUAAAACUUUACGAUAUUAAUCGACUUCUUGAUAAGAAAACUAUUCUUUUUUGUGCAUCAGUAACAAAUAAUCAACAAACAAAAUAUCUACCGAAAUUACAAAAAAUUCAAAUGCUCUAUUCAUUUCUUCUCGGUUUGAUUGACAAUCUUGAAAAUACCGUUAUGGCUAUGUCUCUAGAGCCAAUCAGCUGUGACUUCCUAAAACAACUAAUGGACAGAAUUGAAAAAUUCUAUGCGGAUGGAUAUGACAUUCUAAAAGUACCGUUGAUAAAAUUCAUCAAUGACGAAAUGGAAAUCGACCGGCUACUGAGUAUACUUGAUGAAACUCGACGAUUAGAGACGACCAUAUUUCGUAAUCAAGUUGUCAAUAGCAAAAUUUAUGCAGAAAAAAAAUUGGACGAACUUCGAUCGGUCGCAAGUAAACUUCAAAAACAUGUUGACUUGGCUAAAGAAGCUUAUUCUGAUUGGCUAUCUGCUUGCAAUGUUCUGCUUGAGAUACGUAACGAAAAACGCCGGAAAAAUCGAAACAUGCUCGACGCUGUAGUGGCAGCUGGAGGUCAUGUAUUAUCUACUGUACGGUCAUGGCUUACUUCGUCAUCGAAUAAUAACCCAAUACUUGAUCAAUAUAUCGAAAAAAUUCGCGAUUUCAUGCGGCAACAUCAACAUGGCACUGAAUCCAUUUCUGUAGUAGCACCGCAAGGACCCGUUCUCCAACUAUCGGAAUUGCUCAAAAAAGGUGGCGGAAGGGCUGAUAAUACUCUGCAGCGACACAAAAUUAAAAAAUCGCCGAAUUUUAUAGAAAUAAAAAUUAUAUGUUUUAUUUCAAUACCCCAAAUUACGCUUCAAUUUGUUGGCAAAAAUAAGGAAUACGCAUCUAUUCAGCUUCCAUUAACUGAUCACAAAGACAACAUCUAUAAUUUUAUUAUCGACAAGACGAUAGAUAUCUUACUUAUCACAUUGGAAAAUAAUAAUGUGCAUAACAUCGAAUGGUCGAAGAUCUUCAAAACCCCUAUAGAAUUGAAUGCAGGCAAUGGGCGUAUUAUGUCAUUGGAAGCUCGGGAUGUUCACAACGAGACUGUUUAUACAGUUGUCGGUCACUCCCAAAUGCUGCCAAAGUUCGAUGAAACAAUAAAAUUGGAAAAAGAGAUCGAUUAUUAUUUAUGUCAGGAACUUGACAAUCAAAACAAUCACCAUAAAUACGAUGAAGAUCAAAGGGAAAUGAAUCAAUCGCCUGUAACAGUUUAUUUGCGUGAAAUGCAACGAAUUUACGAUUCUGUUGCUAGUACUAUGAAUCGCAAGUUGUUGCUUCACAUUCCCGAAUUAAAUACAGCGCACGAACUUGCUGAAUUAUGCGAACAAUUGCCCACACUAGAAACUCUCUGUGGAGCACAGACAAAUAUUGAAAUGAAGGGUUAUGCUUUGCCAGAUUACAUUUUGGAGAUUUUAGAAUGCAAUGUCGAUGAAAAACAGGAUAUCAAAAAGCAAUAUACGACUGCAAUGAAGUGCGCAUUCGAUAAGGGUAGGAAGUGCAAAGAACAAAUGAGGUUGACAUUGGACCGCUGCAUUUGGUUGCUUUGCGAUGUUCGAGUUCAACUAUUGGUCACUUAUACGUGGGCAAGUUCAAUGACAAAUGAUACAAGCAGUGAAUCAGAAAAAAUCACGAAUAUGUUUUUGGAAGAAAUGGAACAACUUUAUAACUUGUCAAUCAAAAAGAAUGAAAACUGCAAUCGAAUUAAAGCAUGGGCAAAGUCGAUGACGAGCGAUACAAAGAGUGAAUCAGAGAAGAUAAUGGACGACUUGUCUAAAGAAAAUGAACAAAUUUAUAGUUUGUUACAACAGACUAAUGAAAAUUCCAAUCAAAUACACACUUGGGCAAAGACGACACAACAAGCUCGAUAUAUUUAUAAAACAACAAAUCAAACAGCAAACAAGUGGCAAGAAAUCUAUUAUUUAAUGUCAAUUCCUUUAGCAAUAGAACAAAAUGUACAAAAUGCAUUUGUGCAUUCGAAAUCGGCUGGUGAUGCUCAUGUUUGGCUUCAUUUUCCAGAUAAAUCAUCACAGCAGUCAAACAAUAUCUGCUGUGAACCUCAAUUAGCAUACGUUGAUUUUGGCAUUGUUCUCAGUGGCAUUCGUCAACGUGUCACGCAACGAAUUAUUCUACACAAUGAGACCGAUAAAAAUGUGAAUAUUCAAAUCGAACUACACAGAGAUUCAUCAACGCAUUGUGAAUUCGAUUUCAUGCCAGAUAGGAUGACUGUACCGAUGCAAGAUGCGGGCGAAAUCGAUGUUCUCUUCAAAUCACCGGAUAAUUUUCAAGACAAAAUAACUCAAAUGUUGGAUUUGAAAAUUAAUGAUAAAACAAUGCCAAACGCAAUUCAAUUAUGUGUUCACAUGAUCAAAGCUGAUCUUGAAAUCGGACCGGAUGCAGCGAAAUUUGACCAAGAUAAUAAAGAAUUUUGGACAAUCGAUUUUGGGCCAGUACCAUGCUGUAGUUUACCAAUACCCAAGUCGAUCGAAUUGAAAAAUUUAUUGGAUUGUACUUUAAAUGUCAAGGCUCAAAUACAAACAAAUGAAAGACCCUAUCACUCAAAACUUGACAUUAUCAAAGAUGAAUUGAUUUUGGACGGAAAAACGACAGCAGCUCUCAGCUUGAAACUUCGACCAUCAGAAAACAACAUCGAUGAAGAUUUUGAAGCGACUGUUUGUCUGGCCAUCAGUCCAUCGAAAACUAUCAAAUGGCUGAAAGUUAAAGCGUGUAUUCGUCGUCCUCGACUUUCUAUUGCCUAUCGCAAUCGUCUAUUGAUCGGAAGUUUAUCGUCACCAAUGACAUUGACUAUAUCAGAUUUCUAUAUAGGUGAACAUCGAUGUAUUCCAUUUGAAUUUAAAAAUAUUGGAGAGACAGAUUUCGAAUUUUCCCUCAAAUCGCAAGAUCUAACAUGGAAAUAUGAACAUACAAGUUUAAAAAUGAAUGAAUCGACUGCAGUUACUAUUGAAAUACGAUUAUCAACACAAGCUAGUCGAACAAAGUUUCUUAUUCCUAUUCGGUUGGUUAACACUAAAUAUUACUAUACAUUAGAAAUCAUUUGUGAAACAUCGACACCUCGACUAGAUUUACCUGCUAAGAUAACGAAAAUUAUUGAAAUUAGUCAAGCAGCUCAUCUACAAAUGUUGUGUCAUGGGGAAGAUAAAUCUUUGAAAUCAAUCAUAUUCGAAGGAACAUUCCAAAAUCGAAGUAAAUCAGUGGCUACACUUUUCUUUUGCCAAUUUAUAUCGAAAAGUGAACAAAAUAUCAAAUUCCGCAUGGAACCAGAUAAUCUAACGAUUGCACCGGAUACUGAUGUUAAAGUAAAUUUCGUUUAUCAACCCAUAGAUUUGUGUGAUUUGAAAGGCGAUAUUCAGCUUCAAUCAAAUUGCUGGUCACAGCCAAAAACGAUCGAUUGUUCUCUUGAAGUUAAGAGGCCAAUCUUUCAGUCACGUCCUCAAGCUAUGAUUGAGUGGGGAAAGAUUGAGAAUGGUCGAAUCAUACGACCAUUAUUGAUGAUAAAAAAUAAAGGUGCAAAAGUAUUACGAUUUCAAAGCGACUCGGCUAAAUUACAACAACCUUUUGUAAAAGUAGCAUCCAUCAAUCGGCCAAGUGGUUCGAUCAAUCAUCCAAUUGAAAUUAAUCCGUAUGCAGAAGAUUUUUUCGAUAUCAAUAUCGACUGUGAGUCAGUAGAAUCCACUGCUCAAACAGCAUCACCAAUUGAACUUGCCGAAUUGAAUUUGACAAGUUUGCGUGAUCCGGUCAUGUCUAUCGAUGGACAAUUGAAAGAGCGUUCAAUGAAGAUACUUGUUGUUGGUCAUCUAAGUGACGUUGAUCUACCAAGACAAUUGAGUGAGAAAGCAUUCAAGGAAUGGAAAGAUCUUCGACUCAUACCAUCAUCAUGGGUUAGGGAUAUGGCAAUGAACAGAACUAUCCCUAAUUCUCACUUAUGGGUUCGUUUACGAGACAAAUUCAAUGACGUCCAUAUCAAUCGAGAUGCACAUCAUCUUAGCACUUUUAUCAAAGUAGUGGCUACUAUAGAGAAUAAUAAUUCAUCAGAAUCAAAAACUCGUCCAAUGAUCGAGCUUGUCAAUCAUCUGUGUUCCCAGGACUUGAGUGAGACGACAUUCGAAAAUGCAUUUGAACUUUGUCGAAUGAUGAUGGCUGACGACAAACAGAUUGAACUUGAUCGAAAACGUGAAAUUAUUCAAGCUAUACCAUUAACACAAUCAGUAAUCGAAAGCUUGCCAGUGGUGCAUGAGAUUGUUUCAGAUUCUAUUGAGCUUCAACAAUUGAUUAGUGCCUAUCUUUAUCUUGUUAAAUUACCAACUAGUCUAAUUGCUAAUAGUGCAUCGAACGAUGAGCAAGCUCAAUUUGAUUUGCUCGAACAAAUGGUUCCAUCGUGGCUGAUCUUGAGUUCAGUUACAAAUCGCCAUUAUUUCGACGUUGUAUCAUCAGUUUUGACAUCGUUCCAUGGUCUUCUCGUAUCAUGUGGCACACCAUUCAGUGAACGACUCUAUACACUAGCACUGACGACUGCCCUUUGCACUUUAUCGAAUUGUCGACUUGCGAAACGUGUUAUUGAUAAUCAACCACAACGAACAAGAAGCAGUUCAAACUCUCUUGUCCAAUGCAUUCGACAGAAAAUCCUUCGAAAAGUUCAAUUAGCUCCUGUAACGGUGUUAGAACCUGUUCAAGAUUCAACUAAUAAUACUGCAAUGGGCUCUGCCAACGACCGACAAUCAGAACGAAAACGACCUUCCAGACAGUCUUCGCGUCUUAGUAGCACAACUAUAUAUUCAGAAUCAAUGCUUGGCAAAAUGUCUCAUAUCAUGAAAAACUAUUGUGAUGAACAACAUAAAGCAAACCCAACUUUGAAAGAAUCGGAAAAGCCACGUGGCAUCAUUCAACAAGCAUUCAAUAACCGUCAAAAUAUUGAUAAAUGGUUAACAGUAUUUACUACAUUCAAUAUCAUACUUCAUCAUAAUCUCGAUUCGAAUACGAGUAUGGAUGUUAUUAUCGCUCAAGGGCAUAAGAUAAUUGAGCGUGGUCUUCUUUUGUUGUUGCACUCACUGAUAAUCAAACGAAUUCUGGAACCGACAUUUUCUCGUGCAGGUGUUCAAUUUGUUAUAGUUGAUAUCAUGCGUCUAGAAAAAUGUCUCCUAUCUCUUGCUUUGGAGAAUUAUCCAGGCAUAAGACAAACGUUACAUCGACUGCAAGUCGAUGUUAGCAGAAUCAAGCAGAUAAUGCCAUCGAUAAAAUUGAAUCCGCUUCCUAGUCGUCAAUCACAAUCAGACCAAAGCAUCCAAAACACGGCUCCGCCGGCAGACGAUAAUCAGGAUAAAAAUAAUAAAGACAGAGACCUUCGCGAAAUUAUACCUGACCCAAACAAGCCGAUGAGUCCCGCUGAAUGGCUGAAUGUAAUAAAGAAUGAGGGUUCGGCAGAACUGAAAAAAAUGAUCAAGAGGCCGCCAAACCGCGGGCCACAGUCGUCCCACAAUUUGAUUCUUAACCCAACGACUCCGAAUAAUGGAACAGGUGCAGGUGGUGGAAGUAUGAAUAGCAACACGUCACAAACGGGAGGAGGAGGAGGAGCAGGAGCAGGAGCAGGAGGAGGAGGAGGAGUAGGAGCAGGAGCAGGAGGAGGAGGAGGAGAAGAAGAAGGAGCGGGAACGAAAGGAUCCACUUACUCAUCGAAGGACGACCUCAACAGUCAACCAACUAAACCAGAAACCGAUAAACCAGACGUCAACUUUGAGUUCACAGAAAAGCAUUUACUUGACUACAUUGAGCAUAUGAAAAAGUCUAGUGCGAGACAAAUGGACGAGAACAUCGCGGAUCUCGUCGAUCGGCCCGAACUGACACACAAUGACAAAAUUAAGCAAUGGACAUAUUCAAAACUCAUCGACUCAAAAGCCAUUGCCUUAAUGAUCGAUACUCUGUUGGAACAAUUUCGAACAAAAUGGGAAGCAUUCUUGAGUAAUCGAACUAGUGAAUUAGAAAUUCAUUGGUGUAUCAUGAUAGACAAUUCGGGUUCGAUGAAUCCCCGUCGAAAUAUGAUUUAUGAAAGUUUAGUUAUACUCAUGGAACUAUUACGUAAAAUGGAAUUCAAAUUUUCUGUGGCACGAUUUGGCGGUCGAACGAAUCAGAAAAUAUUGAAAGAUAUGAAUCAACAUAUCUUUACCAACAAAGACGGUCAGUUUAUUCUCGAAGCCAUUACAUUCGACGAAGGAACUUAUCCGGCUACGGGUCUGAAACGCAUUGUUAAUAAAGUCUUUUCAUCAUCAAAGUCAGAAUCAGUGGCGCAUCGGGUUGUUCUGAUGAUCACAGAUGGUCUCACCGAUGAACGUGACACGAGCAACUUUUCAUCUACAAUUACGCCAUAUGACAUUAAGCUUGGCAUUAUGCUUAUUGAAAGUAUUGAAACAUCAGCGAACGAUCCGUUUUUGGAAGCCCUUAGUAGCUUAACCAAAUCUCGAAUACUACCAGCCAAUGAUAAAAAGAAUUUGUCAAUAAAAAUAGCUGAAUUGAUGAAUGAUAUGCUCGAAGUAUGUGCGAAUACUAAGGAAAAUCCUACCACAAUCCCCAUCCAAGCAUCGAUAAAAAUUGGUAUACCGACGUUGGAUCCACAAGGACCAACCAAAAUCGCAUGGGUCGAUGACAAAGAGAAUUCAACAUAUCAAUCAACGAGACGCUAUGACUACAAAAUUAGUCAACCAAAUCGAUCUAUUCCAAAACUUGAUCGCAUCGAGAAGGAAAAAAUCGAUGCUUAUCUAUUAUCGGGAAACACCAAUACAAACUCUCUGACAGAGAUAACUAAAAGCCUUCGAGAAUUUUAUCAGAAGUUUCCAAUCGAUCAUGCACGAAAUGACGAACAAUCCUGGGAUGCAGAUGAACGACGCCUGACUGGUCUCAUCGAUGAACUCACAACAGUGUUAGGCGAUGUUGUCUUUCCUAUCAACAAAUUUACUCGACGUCGAGCAGCUCUGCGAGGAUCGUCUCUCUAUCUGCCCGGCUUAAUCAAGGCAAUGACCAGUGAAUGGACUUACAAGAAAAUCUUCAGCGCUAAACUGGCUGGUGGCAAACGAAAUCAUGCUGCUUGCAUUAUUCUUGAUGUCUCGACAUCGAUGUUCGGACACCUCGGCCGAGGUCUUCAGGAAACAUUAAUAGCGUUGAUUGGUGCAUUUCAAAAAUUAAGCUUAGAAAAUUAUGGUAUUCUUGUGUUUGGUAGCGAAAUUCGACUGAUUAAAACAAAUGAACAACCAUGGGACGCUGCAUGUAAAAUGGUAUUGUCACAACAAAUUCGAUUUGACCAAGACAAUGAUACAAAAGAUGCUGAAACACUUGAACUCGCCAUCGAUCUUCUCAUAAAUUCUGGCACUCGGGGCGAGAAGAAAAUCUUUAUUAUUACAGAUGGCUAUGGCAAUUCGGGUAGCCGACUUCCUCUUGUUCAACAACGUGCUGAAGAUGCGAACAUCGAUGUCAUUGCAAUGGCCAUCGGUGAUGAUCGAACUUAUUUACACGGAGGCUACAAACGUUAUCUUCGAUGUACGACACCCUAUGGUCUACCGAAAGCUCUGAGAGCUCUCUUUGACAAUGAACCAUCAAGUGAAUCAAUCGAUCAAGCAAUGGAUAUCAAACGACGAGAUGAUCUAUCUAACGCAAUAUUGACUGCUGAUGAAGAAGAAAGAAAACAACUGUUCUCCGAUCUUGAAAACAGAAAGGAAUUUAAAGAUAUAGUCGAAAAAUUAGGAAAGGAGCGUGAAACGAUUCUUCAAGAUAGUGGCGAGUCACCUUCGAGUAUGAUAUGUGAUAUCUGUUUUUGUAUUGAUUGUACAGGCAGUAUGUCACGAUGGUUGGAAGAAACGAAAAAACAAAUGAAACAUAUUAUUCAAGAAAUUAAAAAGCAAAUCAGUGACAAGUAUCCAUCACUUAGCUUACAACUUCGCUUCGCUAUCGUUGGUUUUCGAGACUUUGGCGAUAAAGACAAGGACGGUAAUGACAACCAAUUUGAAAUUAAAGAUUUUACCGAUGAUGAGAACGCGGUCACUACAUUUCUCAAUGACUUAGCUGCGUAUGGAGGCGAUGAUCUACCGGAAGAUGUGUUAGGUGCUUUGGAUCAGUGUUUAAAAUUGAAAUGGAGUAAAUCGAAUGCUCGGUUUAUCAUCUUGAUUACCGAUGCACCUGGUCAUGGACGAGAUUUAAACGACGAUCCGUUUGACAAGCAUCUGGAUAAAACAAAGCAUACAGUAGCAUCUAUCUGUAAUCGUCUUCUGAAGCAAGAAUCCGAAAUUCAACUCAUGUUCUGUUGCAUCAAUCCAAAGGCAACUGAGAAAAUGCAAAGAUUAUUUGAAAAGGAAUAUAAUAGUAAAACAGCUCAGACAGGAAAAGAAUUCAAGACAAUAAAGCUAUUUGGUGAUAAGCCAAUCGAUUCACGAUUAUUUCAUUUCGUUUUUGUUCUUGACGAAUCCGGUUCAAUGCAAGAAACGCCUUGGCAUGAUUUGGUGAAGGCCUAUCAAAGCUUUUUGGAUCGACGACGAAAUGAUCAAGGCGGUAAUGAUCUGUUCUCUGUUGUUCAGUUUGAUUCAGUGGGUCAAAUCCUAUACCAACAAAAACAUUUGGCUCAUACACAUCGAGACCUCAAAAUGAACGGAGGUGGCACUAACUAUCUCACUGGACUUCAAGAAGCAGACAAAGUUAUUGCUGCUGAUACCUCACCGUCUACAGUGAUGAUGAUAUUCAUGUCGGACGGGGAUAAUGAUGGACCAGAUCCAUUGCCGACAAUGAGUAUUCUUCGUCAGAAGUAUUUAAGGAGUCACAACUUCAUUUGCCACACUAUUCCAUUCGGCUCCGGUGCACAGUCGGGUAGCGAUGCAGCGAAUCUUUUACAGAGUAUGGCAACGAAUAGUGGUGGUCAAAUGUAUCCGGCCUUGACGGGUGAUGAGCUUAAGCAAGUUUUUGAAAAAUUAGCAGCAGAUUGCACAGUGGCUAACUCACUUGUUGCUGACUUUACCAAAAUACUGAGCGAAGAAGUCAGUUGGAAAAUUAUGAUGGACUGCUUGUGAAACUGCGCGUAUGGCUUUUUAUUGCGUCUCUUUGUGAUUCCUUGAGUGACUGAUUGUAGUUAGCAAAUGUGUGCUGUUUGAUUUCUUAUAUUAUCUUUCCAAUAAAUAUAUACUCCAGAACACAUGAAAGCUGAUAUUUAAUGUAUGGUCGUUCCAUUAUUUCACUCUGUUCGCAGCCACCACGAAUCUUCUUGAGAAAAGUCGAACAUUGUUCGCGUGUCGAUGUGUUCAAGCGGCAGAGGAUUUUCUUAUUAGUAGUCAUGGAGAACGAACCGAUCUCGUUGGUUCGCAACAGUUCCGAAUAGAUUCUUCAGCUCCGAGCCAUUCUUAUGAGAUCGCAAUAGGAUUGAACGAAGCCACGCAUCAGAUCUUUUUCGGCGAGUUUGCCCGCGUGCAUUUCUAGUAGCGUCAACAAAUUCCUCAUCGCACUUUCAACCGUUGUUACUGACAGGGUUGGCGCGAUCGGGAGGGGGCGAGUGACUCCCCAAUAAUCGAAAAUUUCUGUUCGGUCAAAGGCGAAAGUAAGGUAUUUUUCGAAUAUGACAGAGGAAAUUGGAACAUUUUCUGUGAAAAAAGCAAUUUUCUUCCACCAACAGUCAAAAAGUUUCACUUCGCGAAAAGUAGCCUUUUAUGCAUCUUCAUGUAUUAAAGCCAUCUGAAUUUCUCAUUAUUUUUCCACUAGCUGUGAGCGCUUUAGUUCUAAUCCCUUUCGACUGUCAAACUUCUCUAUUCGAGCUCGUGAGAGUAUCGCCUCAGGCGAUUAAAGCGUAGCAUUUUUCUAGAAAAUUGCACAUUAUAUUGAGCAGGCAGCGUUCACUCUAGACGAGUAUUUGAUUUGCAACACAUCAAUCAUAGAAAAUUUUCGCCUUCGACAGAAAUAAAUUUAACAUUUUUACUAAUCUUAUUUGUUCGACUAUUAUUUUAAACUGCGACGAAAAGUGAGAAUCUUCUUCUGAGACCCUUGCGAGCGUGGCCGCCUUCGGUAACAAUGGAUACAAAAUUAUUUUCGAAUAAACGGGAUCGUUAUGCAGUUGCUCAAGCAAAAAGUGCUUUUUUCUAAUGAUUUUUUCCGACAAGUUAGAAAAAGUGUCAGCUCCAUGGAAGUUAAUUUCAGUUUUAUUCUCUUCCUACAAAAUAGCUUUCUCACGUGAAAAAAUACGAUGCAGAAUGAGCGACUUUUUAUGCGUUUCGUCUUGCGAAAAAAGUACACAAUAUGUUUCGUGAAAAACAUUUUCAGACGCCCCCCCCCCCCUUCCAAUCCUCACAGCGG